UAGCGACAUUACCGGAUGAACCUUCUGCGCCUGCGUAGACUUGACCAUGCCCCAGCAUCCACUGCGCGGCGCUGCUCCUAAACUCAGCCGCUCCAUCUGGAGGCCUCGCUGAACUAUUCCACAUUCUAACUUCAUUCCUUUGCAUUUUUUUCAGCGAUCUUCUCAAUGGAGGCAUCGGCAAGCUCUCCAAGCAACCUGACCCUGAACGCAACAGGUACCGGGGAUCCAUGGGAGAUCACGGUCAAAACCAGACUGAGACGCUUCCUCUGCUACGGCUCAGAGGGAAAUGUCUUCACCGCCAGAGACAAGAGUCGUAUCAGCUUGAACAAUGCAGAGGCCCUGCUCUCCUUACUUCAAGAGGAGGAGGAUGGUGCUGAGGUGGUGGAGGAGAUCAGAAGGUUUAUGCAGGAGGAGCGGGCGGUCCGAUUGGACCCCUCUUUUUUUGCCUUGGCUUUAUGCUCCCAGCACUCUAAGCGAAAGACCCGAGAGGCGGCGUUCAAAGCCCUGAAGGAGCUUUGCCGGGACCCUGCCCAUUUGUUUGCAGUUGUCCAGUACAAAAAGGAACUCAGGGAAGGGAUGAAUUGUGGGAUCUGGGGACGUGCCCUGAGGACGGCGGUGUCAGACUGGUAUAAUAAGCAAGACCCCAUGGCUCUAGCUGCAGCUGUGACUCGAUGUAAGCAGAGAGAAGGCUGGUCACACAAAGAUCUGCUCAGACUGUCUCACACCAAACCAUCCAAAGAAGCUGUUGCCCUGAUCAGCAAAUAUGUAACAAAAGGAUGGACGGAGGUUCAGGCCUUCUAUGCAGACAAAGAAAACUCUGAGGAGGUGGUCAAGGUGCUGUCGUACCUGGAAGCGGUAGAGAAGGUGAAGCACAGUUGUGAUGAAACGGAGGUCAUUCAUCUAAUAGGAGAGCACAAGCUGGAGAUGGAGCAACUGCUGACACAGCAUCUGCAAUCCAAGCAGGUAUGGAAAGCUUUGCUGAAGGACAUGCCUCUCCAUUCAGUGCUGAAGAUUCUGGGGAGGUUGACGGCAAACGAAGUCCUGGAGCCGGGAAGUUCCACAACCCAAUCUUUAUGUGAACGAAUCCGGAGCGAGGACACUCUAAUGAAGGCAAAGAUCCAUCCAUUCAGUAUAUUUUUGGCAAUGGAAAACUACAAAAGAGGUCAAGGCUAUCAGGGCAGAACAAAAUGGGAACCAAACAAUAGCAUCCUAAAAGCUUUGGAAUCUGCCUUUUACAGCAGUUUUAUGAAUGUGGAACCUGUUGGUAAACGCUUUUUAGUGGCGGUAGAUCAACGACAUGCGGUAGAUGUGAGCAUGUCAUUGAUCGAAAUCAUCCUGGGAACCGCCGUCAACACUCCAGUCACUCCUACUGCUGCCGCCAUAACCACGAUCUUUGUAAGGACUGAGGCAGACACGCAUGUGCUGGUCUUCUCUGACGGCACUGUGGUUCCAUGUCCUCUCUCACCUCAGAUGACUCUCGCAGAAGUAACUGCCAAAUUAGACACGAACUCCACUAGGAAGACAGACUGCUCUCUUCCCAUCACAUGGGCCACAGAGAACGGGAAGUGUGUAGAUGUGUUUAUUAUUCUCACCAACAACCCCCUGGAGACGCUUACAGCCAGUCCGGUGGAGUCUCUGAAGAAAUACAGAGAAACAACAGGUGCCCACUCCAAGCUGGUGGUGUGUGGGCUGACAUCCUCUUUACCUGCCAUCACAGAAACUGGAGACCGGGGCUUUCUGAGCAUGUGCGGCUUCGACCUCGGAGCUUUAACCGUCAUUCGCAACUUUUCCCAGGACCUGAUCUGACAAACGCUCUGUUAAAAAUGUGAGACUCAAAAGACAAGAAGUGGACAUUAUGGGUUACGCUGUCUGGAUUUACAGUUCCUCCUUCUGCAUUUUGUCCCCAAUGACAGUUGAGACCAAGUCCAGCAGGCUGGACUACACUCUGAGACUAAUGUGGAAAAUGUGUUUUACACAAGAUAAUGACUUCACUCGGUCAUCAGCACAAAAAAGAAGAUUGUUUGUGGGUCAAUCUGGGUCCAAAAAAUAUGAUUAGCAGUAUGAUUGUAGGAGGUUUGACAAAAAGUGGGAGCAUUUCAAAUUCCAAAGCUUUCUUUCUAUUUUAUGUAGCAAUUUAUAUAAGUUAACAAAUGCGUAAAACAACAGCAAAAGUCAGGAAUAGCUGGCUAUUCUUUUAGUCAAAUCAUCUUAGUGUUAUAAACAUUCAGGAUUCUUGGUAUAAAUAAACUUCCCUUUUGGUUUUUUUUAAUAGUUUUGUCACCAUCUGGUUACAUUUUAGGUUGUUUCAAUGUAACUCGUAUUAGUUUUUAUCUGGUUAAACUUUUUUUUAUAUGGAAAGAGCCAGGUAACCUCAAUGUGAUCCUUCAUUAUUUAGAUCACUGCUGUUUAGCAUCAUACUGUCAGUAUUACUCUUCAACCAGACAACUGUUUACUUUGAAACAUCUGUUGCAACUAAUAACAAAGCUGUUUUAUUCAUAAGAUUAUGCAAAAACUGGCAUACAUCAUUCAAGUUGAUGAAAGCUGAAGUACUUUUAUGAAUCACAAUGCUGUUUCUUCAUCAUUUUCUUUCCACUCUAAACAUUUCCUUAAUGUGAAUUUAACUUCAAAUCACUGUUGAAUUUAGUAACAAUUUAAUUUUAAAUCAUGUUAGUUUAGAUUUUUUUUUAUCAUUUGCAAUUAAACGUGAGCAUAUGUUCAAAUGCUCAAAAUUCCAUUUGUAGUCAUCUGUAUGCUGCUCACUAGUAGUUUUUAUAAGAUUUUUGUUUCAGCUUCGUUUUCACCACAUUUUAUGGCUCAUAAUUCUGUUUUAGCAAGUACCUAAUUGUUCAUGUGUCGCCACAUCCACAAUAAACAUUUUGCUGCGCCAC